UUGCAGUUGUGGAACAAAUCAUUAAUAAACCUAUCUCAGAUGCACAAAACUAAAUAUAAAGAUAUUCGUUGCAUUUAUAACAAUUGAGCCUAUCGAAAUUAUGGAUUCUUAUUGUUGCCCCAUUGAUAAUGAGGGAAAUGUUGUGGCAACGCCUAGUAUCAAAACUGAAGCUCAAACCGAAACAAAAAGCAUGGUUUCGUCGGCAGGAAAUAUUAUAUCUACCAAACAGCAUGAUGUUUACGACAAAUCUCUGAAGUAUAUGGUUUCCAAUAGCUACUCAGAUGAAAAUGAUGUUGGAUUUAUGGAUUCAUGUGGACAACCAGACGAUGAUGACGAAGCGGUGCUCAACUAUGAUGAUGAACAUACCGUAAAUAAAACUAAGACGAGAAAAGGUAGACGGCAUUUUAAUCCCAAUAAAGCAGAACGUUCAUACAGAGAAUUAUAUAGUCACCUAUUACCACUAAAUGAACGGACAUUUAAACGUGACCCCUUCACCAAUUCCUUUCAUUGCAAUGUGUGCUCUGUGCAAUUUAAAAUGCAACGUAACUUAAGGCGACACAUGCUCAUACAUACCGAUCUCCGGCCAUUCCAAUGUCUAUUCUGUGAAAAGGCAUUCAAACGUAAGGAUAAUCUACAAAAACAUUUUCGAGAAGUUCAUGCGGAAAAGCCGUUCAAAUGUACCGAUUGCGAUAAGAAAUUUUUCACGUACAAACAAUUGGACAAGCAUUUGAAAACUAAUCGACAUAAAGUAAUGGCAAACACCUCGCAUGUGUUGGGUAAUUGAACGACGGUUUAAAUAUAGUUUUUUUUACACACCAAUUGUACAAAAUUUACUUCGAAAUCUUUGAAAUGAUUUCUUCAAGAAGCCCAGUAGUUGUAUGUCGGCCGUUAAAACAGAAUAACAGAAAUAUCUCUCAUUCAUUAGUUUGAAUAUUUGCAAAAGGAUAAGGAACAGGACUUUGUAUUUAUCUACUUAGGUGUACAAAAAUUUUUGUGAAAGUGUUCAAAUUCUCUUAUAACUUCGGAGCAAAAAUGCAAGUAAAUAAUAAGGUUUCAUUAUGUCAAAUAAUUCAGAACAUUCGAAUGUAAAUAUUUUCCAAAUGCUCGAUGUAAACUUGAUGGAUGAACGAGCUAUAAUCGAGUAAUUGCAACAUUGACAUUGUAGGUCGACUGCUUAUUCCAAUCCAGUCAUCAAAAAUGUCAACAUCUCAGUCAUUAUUAUUAUUAUUAUUUUAAGUAUGCGACAUUUUAUUUAUAAUUUACUAUAUAUCUCGAGGGAUUUUCCCUGCUUCUACUUAAUUGCAUUUUCGGAUUUAUGUAGGUACGUUUAAUCGUUUUAUUAUUAUAAUUUAAUUAAUAAGUGCAUGUGUCCCAAAAUAAAACACCCUUUAAGAUAUAAA